GAGACGUAUCGUGGAGGUGUGCAGGGCGGAGGUAUAAAUAACUUGACAGGUGCAAGUUUCGUCGAGUUGUAGCUGUCGGUCUCAAGGAAGCAGUUCAUUUAAAGUUUCUCCAGGACGUAGUAAAUUUCUCAGCAACGAUGUGCGGUAUCUUCGCUUACCUAAAUUACCUCUCCCCCAAGAGCCGUGCUGAAAUUAUUGAACUGCUCAUCCGUGGUCUAGAACGACUUGAGUACCGCGGCUACGACUCCGCCGGAAUAGGAAUCGAUGCUGUGGACUCGGGACUCACUUUGGUGAAGCAGACAGGGAAGGUUAAGUGCCUGAGGGACAAGAUUGAGGCCCAGCAAGACUCCCUGGACUUUGGUCGUGAGCUUGACAUCCACGCAGGCAUUGCUCAUACCCGUUGGGCCACGCACGGUGUUCCCUCAGACAUCAAUUCACAUCCCCAGCGCUCCGAUGAGGCGAACGAAUUCAUUGUGGUCCAUAAUGGCAUCAUCACUAACUACAAGGAUGUCAAGCAGUUCCUCAUCCAGAAGGGCUUCAAGUUUGAGUCUGACACUGACACAGAAAUUAUUGCCAAGCUGAUCAAGCACUUGCGUGACCUCCAUCCAACCUACUCCUUCAGGGAACUGGUUGAACAAGUGAUCCAACAGCUGGAGGGAGCUUUUGCACUGGCUUUCAAGAGCAAGUACUUCCCUGGUGAGCUUGUGGUGACCCGUCGUGGCUCACCACUUCUUGUUGGAAUCAAGACCAAGGAGAAGCUUGCCAGUGACCACAUCCCAGUCCUGUACAGCAAGGACGGGUGCGAGUUUGGUGGGCGGAGUCUGACCAGCAGAGAGAGAGAUUGCCCUGAGAAAGUUGACUUACAAGGCCUCCCCCCCAAGGAAGCAGAAGGCUCAGCAGAUCACCGCUCCCAUGUGUAUGAAUUGCCGCAUGGCCUUGCCCGAACUGAGUCAACUGCAGAGUUUCUGCCCCUUGGAGACGACAGAGAGGUGGAGUACUUCUUUGCGUCAGAUGCAUCAGCUAUCAUUGAGCACACAAACAGGGUUCUUUAUCUUCUGGAUGACGAUGUGGCUAGUGUGGACAGCGAGGGCAUCCUGAAGAUCCACCGCCUGAAGAGAAGCCUGGAGGACUCACACGCCCGAGAGAUUACCACCCUCAAGAUGGAGAUUCAGCAGAUCAUGAAGGGCAACUUUUCCUCUUUCAUGCAGAAAGAGAUUUUUGAGCAGCCAGAGUCUGUCGUAAACACCAUGAGAGGCCGCAUCAACUUUGACAACGAGACUGUGGUUUUGGGAGGCAUCAAGGAACACCUGAGUGAGAUUCGCCGCUGCCGUCGCCUGCUGCUUAUUGCCUGUGGCACCUCCUACCACUCCACCAUUGCCACCCGCCAGCUGCUUGAGGAACUAACAGAGCUGCCAGUCAUGGUGGAUCUUGCCUCAGAUUUCUUGGACCGAAACACGCCCAUUUUCCGUGAUGAUGUGUGCUUCUUUGUGUCCCAGUCUGGAGAGACAGCCGACACUCUACUAGCCCUGAGGUACUGCAAGCAACGUGGCGCCCUCAUUGUUGGUAUCACUAACACAGUCGGCUCUUCCAUCUGCCGAGAGAGUCACUGUGGUGUCCACAUCAAUGCUGGGCCUGAGAUUGGUGUAGCAUCCACCAAGGCAUACACUUCCCAGAUGAUCUCCUUGGUUAUGUUUGCUCUCAUGAUGUCUGAGGAUCGCAUCUCAUCCCAGCCAAGGCGCUCUGAGAUUAUCCAGGGCCUCCGUGUUCUCCCUGACCAAAUUAAAGAGGUACUGAGCCUUGACUCGAAGAUUCAGGAGAUCAGCAGAAGUGUGUUUGAGAAGAAGUCAUUGCUGGUGCUGGGACGAGGGUACAACUAUGCCACCUGUCUUGAGGGAGCUUUGAAAAUCAAGGAGAUUACGUACAUGCACAGCGAGGGGAUCCUGGCCGGGGAGCUGAAGCACGGUCCCCUUGCCUUGGUGGAUGAGGGAAUGCCCAUCAUCAUGAUCUGUACCAGAGACAAUGUGUUUGUGAAAUGUAUGAAUGCACUGCAGCAAGUAACAGCCAGAGAGGGAAGACCUAUCCUUAUCUGCAACAAGGGGGAUGAGGAGCCCCAGAAGUAUGCCUCAAAGGUCCUGGAAGUGCCCAAGACUGUCGACUGCCUCCAGGGACUCCUCACAGUCAUCCCCCUCCAACUGCUCUCCUACCAUGUGGCUGUUCUCAAGGGAUGCAAUGUUGACUGUCCCCGCAACCUUGCUAAGUCUGUAACCGUGGAGUAAGGCAGUACAGAGCAAAUGAGGAUGUGUGUGUGUGUGUGUGUGUGUGUGUGUGUGUGUGUGUGUGUGUGUGUGUGUGUGUGUGUGUGUGUGUGUGUGUGUGUGCUGUUCCUCCCUGUUUUGAGGAGCAGGAUUUCCCAGUGUCAGUGUGUUGUUGUACAUUUUAUAUACUUUAUAAGACACAUUGGGGACAACUUGUUGAUGAUGAGCAUUUUACACAUCAUUCAUGGAUGGGAUGUGUUGCACUGGUGUAUUCAGGGGUCUGUUUAUUGAGGCUUUUUGUAUCUCUGGCUGCUGUCUUGUUGGUGAGUGAGAAGGAAUGUAUUUCAGAAGUGAAUAGUGUAUGAGGUCAUCACCUCUUAGAAAGAUGCAUCCCAAGCCAGACAUCCACACAUCCAAAAUGGCUGCUAUCAGCUCAGGCAGGAAUCUGUUUUGUAGAACAUUAUGGUACUUAACCCUUUCACUGCUACAACUUUUGGGCACUUAUUUUUGUACCACAGUCUCUUAAAUGGUUAAUCAGCCUAGAAAAGAUAAAAUCAACCUCCUGCUCUCUUUUCCCUUAUAUCCAUGGUAAUAAUUUUCUUACAAUGCUCUGAAUUUAAACAAAGGAUGAUUGCAGCUGUGAAAUUGAAUGAUCUUAUAUUCAGACAGGUGAUAAGGAGAUGCUGAACACUGCCUUUAAAGAUAUAUUUUAGUGUGUUCAUUCAGCCUUAUGUAGCCUUGUGUGGAGGUCCUUAAGUAGCCACUUGAAGCAGCAGUACCUGUUCCCUCCUCCCCCCCACCCUGCCCGACCUGUGUUUGAUCCAUGCCAGGGUUCUGCACAAAUCAAAGUCAGAUGUGAAUGACACAGACCAACAUUCCUUGUUUAAUGCAUGACAGCUUUUAACUGUGCCUGGAUUCCGUUUCUUGUGGUACUAUUGUGGAGUUGAUUGGUCUCAGUCUUGCAGAACAAACCGUAUUUUUCUGACAGGUAAUACUGUAUAUUUCCUUGUCGUAUGUGUUUUGUUACUGUUGCAGUUAUAACUUCAAUAGAGUCAGGGAGGAGCUGGAAUGUGGCAGGUAAGCAAGGUGAAGUAAGAAAGAUGACUAGCAACAGUAAUGACAUAUAUGAUUGUGAAACAUGUGACUUUACUCAAUAGAAAAGACUGGUUUUGUCUGCCACACUGAGACAGGCAUGAAUCUGAAAAUUACCUUCCUUUUUGUCUUGUUACCAAACUCAGGCACCUUUCUUGACACCUUCCCUGGGCAAGUCAUGAAGUGUCUACUGAUCCAUGCUCUCUGUUGCCUCUGUCCACUUCAUGACACACUGAUCAUUGCUGACAAGCCCACAGUGUAAUUUCUUGCUCCCUUGUUUCACUUGCAAUUUUUUUUUCUCUCCUCUUUCUUGUGGCAGACUUUCCUCUGUUGGCCCUUUAUAUCUGUCAAGCUUGAUGGGAACAGUGAUUUAUUCCUGUUUGUCACUCCUCUGUAAGUUUUCCCUGCUCUAAGUUUUUUUUUCUAAUGUUUUCAAUUUCCUUCAGAAUUUUUACACCUCUUAUUCUUUGGUCACCUUCCAUUGUGUUUAUCACUUUUUAUUUUAUUUCUUUUUAUCACUCACUUGUUUAUUAUGCUCAAACUUUUCUGUAUUCUCACCUGUUUUGCAUUUAUAUUCUUCUCUUUACUAUAAUUAUCCCCUUGUAUCCUUUUUUCCCUUUAUUUCCAUCUCUAGGAACUGUAUAGUUUUCUAGCUUCAUUCCAUUCCUUUUUACUAGGAAUGCUGAGGUUGUAGCUACACAGGUCAAAAUGAUUUACUUCCCAGUGCUGUUGUAUCUUCAUUCUUCUUACAAAGCAAAAUCUUCUUCAUCCCAUCCACCUCUGCAUACCCUCCACAUUGUAUUCCUAUUACAGUGCUAUUACAUACCUUGAUUCUCUCUGCUUCUCAGUGUCUUCUUUCACUCCUGCUUUGUAACAUUACUGCUCAUAGCACAUGCUUAGUGGAUGUGGGAAAAUACAAAGAUAAGGAGACCGCAAAAGAGACAUUCCUUCCGUUCGUGCAAAUUGAAUCUUGUAUCAGUAAUGAGUUUUGUCAUUUUCUUACACAAACCUUUUUUCUCUUCAUCAGGCCUUUUGUUAAAGUUGGAUAUGUAAUAAGUGGGAGCUGAAUAAAUUCCGGCAUACUUCAUGGUAA